AUGAACAGGACUCAGGACAACCGUGGGAGAUGCCCGCAGUUCGAGAGUGAGAGGGAGCGUGAAGCAGACAGGCUCUUGCAGGGGGUGCCAGUUACCGUCCUGCCUCCCAGGGCUCUGACGGCCUGGCGCAGGCGCUGGUUCGUCCUCCGGCGGGGCCGCAUGAGCGGCAACCCCGACGUCUUGGAGUACUACAGGAACAAGCACUCGAGCAAGCCCAUCCGCGUCAUAGACCUCAGCGAGUGUGCAGUGUGGAAACAUGCGGGUCCCGGCUUCGUUCGGAAGGAAUUUCAGAAUAAUUUUGUGUUCAUUGUCAAGACCACUUCCCGUACAUUCUAUCUGGUGGCCAAGACCGAGGAAGAAAUGCAGGUGUGGGUGCGCAGCAUCAGUCAGGUCUGCAACCUCGGCCACCUGGGGGACAAUGCAGAUCCCAUGGAGAGCCUCUCUCAUGCACCGUCCUCCCUCCAGCCAUCCCCUGCCAGCUCCCUUCACACUACUGCCCAUGCUGCCAGCUCCUCCUUGCCAAAAGAUGACCCAAACACUAAUACCAUAGCCGCGGAGGAAACCAGAAGUGAGUCACAGCUCCUCAUCCUUCCUGAUUAUCUGGUUCUGUCCAACUGUGAGACUGGAAGACUGCACCACACCAGUCUACCCACCAGAUGUGACAGCUGGUCAAACUCAGACCGCUCAUUGGAACAGACUUCAUUCGAUGAUGUUUUUGUUGACUGCCUGCAGCUGCUACCCUCCAGUCACUUGGUCCACCCCUCACGCCAUGGAAAUGGCUUUCAGGAGGUGCCUUCUACAAGGCCUCAGGCUGCCCUGACCUGGAGUAGAGAAAUCAAUGGGCCAUCCAGGGACCCAUUGUCAUCUUCAGCAUCGCUGGAAGCCUCCCUAAAUUCCACCAUUCGUGUAGAUAAGAAUCAAGGUUCCUUGACCUGUGGAGCAAAAGACCUAGGCAUUAUGCGCAUCACUCCGCCUCCCCGCCCUCCUAAGCCAAGCCAUCUCUCUGAGCGGCGCCACAAGGAGCCACUCCUGUGCAGUGGGCACAGCUGCAGCAGGAAGCCGGAAUGCACUCUGGUUCCCAGAAGAAUCUCCCUUUCUGGUUUAGACAACAUGAGAACCUGGAAAA